UAAAUUUUCAACGGCGCUCCAGGAAAAUGCAUUGCAGCAAAACAAGCAAUUAAAGCAGAACCUACACAUAGAUACAACCAGUCGGUCGUUCGGUCGUUCGGUCGGUUGGUUGGCUUGUGCUUGGUGCCUAGUGCCUAGGAUCUUAUGCCCGUGCUGUGCUAAAAACCUAUUUUAAAUAAUUAAAAUUCCGUAAGUGCUGCAGUCGAAGACGACCACGAGCACGACGACAACGACAACGCAACAACAACAACGUCGACGAGAACAACAAAACAACGUAAAAGAAGUGCCACACACAAGUCCAAUCCACUACAGCCAGGCAGCAGGUGGUGGCAGGCUCAACAAAUCGUGGCACGAAGAAACUUUUACCACAAUCUGCGGUCCACAAAUCGUAUACAGCAAUGAUAUAAUUAAUUCAAUGCACUUGAAUAAGCCAGCUUACUCUGCAAAUCUCUUCAGCAAAUUCAGCCCCAGCGACAACAAAUUCAACAAAAUGGAGGAGCUUGCAACUGCAACAGCAACAACCACAUUGAGAAUGGCGACAAAGCGAACAAUUAGCCAAAAUAAGCAAAGACAUAUCCAUAACCAACAAAAGAUAAAACAAUUGAUGAACCAAAGCCAUUCACGAACUUUGCUCUUGGCAAUCAUUGUUCUGAUGCUGUGCUUUGAGAGAGGCACUGGUCAAGGAAUGAUGAAGAAUGAGCCCAUGUUCAUUUCACGUUCGGAGACAUUUAAAUUCAUUGCCGGUGAAACAAUAGUCUUGCCCUGUGAGGUGGCCAAUACGGAUCCAUACGUUGUAGCUUGGAAACGUGGAAUUGCCAUACUAAGUGCUGGCUCUGUUAAGGUGACACCUGAUCCCCGUGUCCAUUUGGUCAAUGGCUACAAUCUGCAAAUACGUGACGCCUCACCCACGGAUGCCGGUGAUUAUAUAUGCCAAAUUGCCACAAUGGAUCCACGUGAAAUUACCCAUACCGUUGAGAUACUUGUACCGCCGAGAAUUCAUCACAUUAGCACCGGCGGACAUUUGCAAGUCAAAAAAGGCUCAUCAGUGCGCAUUGAGUGCUCGGCCUCUGGUAAUCCAACGCCAAAUGUGACCUGGAGCCGCAAAAAUAAUAUUUUGCCCAAUGGCGAAGAGAAGUUACACUCGCACGUCCUUUCCAUUGAAAAUGUUGAUCGGCAUAAGGGCGGUGUCUACAUAUGCACGGCCAACAAUGGUGUUGGUCAACCCGCAUCCAGUCAGGUUGUCCUCCAUGUUCUAUAUUCGCCGGAAAUCGCAGUGGAGCGUCCCGUUGUCUUCUCGGGUGAAGGGCAUGAGGCCAUGCUGGUUUGUAUCGUCCAUGGUGAAACACAGCCUGAGGUAAUUUGGUUCAAAGACACCAUGCAACUGGAUACCACCGAGCGCCACAUCAUGGAAAAUCGCGGCUCAAGGCACACGCUGAUUAUACGCAAAGUGCAUCCACAGGACUUUGGCAACUAUUCCUGUGUGGCCGAGAAUCAGUUAGGCAAGGCACGAAAAACUUUGCAAUUGAGCGGAAAACCGAAUGUAGCCGUAUUUAAUUCACUUGCAAUCAGUCAAUACAAGGACAGAUAUAAUAUCUCUUGGGUUGUUGACUCCCAUUCACCCAUCGAAGAGUACAAACUGUCCUUCCGCAAGGCGCCCCAAGGACAUGAGGUCGUUGACAAUGCCAUUGACUCGCAAUCCUCCCACCACUCCUCCUCUUCAUCGUCCUCGCAGAUGUACGGCUCUGGUCAGAACUUGCAUCGCAGCAAUCAUGGCGGUGGAUUGUCCAACUAUGGCGGCUAUGGCAAUCUGAUGCACUGGGGACGCAACGAUUGGCGCGAUGUUGUCCUGCCAGCCAUACCACGCUCUCAUCACUUUUCUCAGGGCAUGAGCUAUAUGAUACGCGGCCUGGAUCCCGAUCAGCAAUACGAGGCCACAGUCCAGUCCAGGAAUCAUUAUGGCUGGAGCGAUUUGACCAAAAGUUUCGUCUUCUCCACAUCAUCGAAUGAUGGACCAGGUGAUCUAUCAACAUUUUUAAAUCACGGUCUGUCAGAUAACGAGAUGCGGGAUCUGAGUGUUAUAUCGUAUGGCAGCGGCACCAUUAAUCGGCAACAAUUUGGUCUAUUAACAUUAAGUGGAGCCAUAUUUAGUUUAAUGUUUGCCUAAGUUUGCCAAUUCUGUAAUUUAGUUCAAUCAUAAUCAUAAUAUUGAAAUUUGAUUUAGAUAACGAAUUUCACCGCCAAUAGCCGUAAUAAAGGAUGUGUGUAUGUUUGCUUUGGAACUUUAAUUUUUGUGUAAGGCAAAGGAUCGAGAGGAGCAAUAGCAGCAGCAGCAGCAGCAGCAGAUGAAAGAUCUGCUUUGACUCUAGUCUAGUUAAUUUUUAGCAUAAGAAAUUAUAGUAAACAUUUACAACAUUCACACAUUCCGCUCUUUCUUCUUUCUCAAUCUCUCUCUUUAACUCACUUCGUAUCGAAACUAAACGAAAAAACCAAUGGAACCAUACAUUCUACAUGUAACAAUCAAUGUAAAAGAGCAUGAAAUUGUUCAAAACUAUACAAAAAAAAAAAAAAAG